AAAUCCUGGCUUUCCCUCACAGCUGUAAGCCUGUUCUGCUCAACACAACAGCCCUACGAUCUGAGACACACAGAGAAAUUAAACAGCCACACACACUUUCAGUUUCAUUACACUGCAGACACACACACAACUCUCCUGGAGCUCCUGCAGAACCAGAGGAAGAGAAAAAAGGGUGGAAGAAUUUGGGCUCAAGUCCUGCCGCCACCUUCAAACUGCUGGGAUGAGGUGGUGGCUGGUGGUGGCCAGUUUGUGGCUGCUUGUGAUCCUAACCCUCUCAGACGGACAAGCCACGAAAAAACCUCGCAAUGUGGACCGCCGGGGAAAGAAGAAGAGGGACGGACCCGGUCCUGGGCGGGCCAGAUCGGGCCACUCUAAACCACAGAAGAUCAGACUGGUUCCUGGUCCUAGUGUCCGAGUGGAGCCCAGAGUACAUGAAGGAAACACAGUAAUCCUGGAGUCCUACAAGAACCUACAGGAACAGCACUCCAGCUACAAUGUUAUCCCAGGUAAGCAGGGCCAGUGUGUGUUUCAGGGUCUGGCCAUGUUUGACCAGGCCGUCUGGUCUCCAAAGCCCUGUGUCACAUGUCUGUGUACCAGAGGCCGGGUGCUUUGUGACGAGAUCACCUGUCCCACAGUGCACUGCCACUUCCCCUUCACCCCCGCCGGGGAGUGCUGCCCCGUCUGCAUGGAGUCAGACUAUGCCCUCAGCCUUGACCUUUCUGGUGACUCCCCAGUUCCCAAUGACCCCAGGGACCCCGUAACCCAGAUGACCCAUGAGGAGAUACAGAGAAUCAUCUGGCGGGAGGAAGAGGAGCACCGCGAGGAAGAGGAGCGCCUGAAGAACAAGGAUGAGGCGAGGAGGAUGAGGAGAAAGCAGAGGAAAGAGCAGGCGGAGAAGCAGAGGAAGAUAGUGGAGAUGAAAAGGAGGGAGGAGGAGGAGUCGCUGAGGCUGCAGGUGGAGAGAGAGGAAGAGGAGUGGAGGAAGCUGUUGGAGGAAGAGGAAAGGAGGAGGCAGGAGCAGAGGAGACAGGAUGAGGAGGACAAGAAGCAGAAGGAGGCAGUGGAGAGAGAAGUUAGGGAGUUGGAAAGGAAGCUAGAGGAGGAAAGGAGUUGGCAGGAGGAGAGGCUGAGGGAGGAACUACUGGCUUUUGCUCGGGGGGAGGAAGAGGAGCGGCCGGAGGAGGUAGAGGAGGAGGUGUGGCUCAGAGGAGAUGUGUUUGAAAUGCCAAAGAAAAAAGCUGAAGAAGAACCAGACCUCCUCCCUGCUCCAAUCCCAGGACCUCCUGCUGCGACAGAGGACGAGCUGGGGGAGGCUGAGGAGGCAGAAGAGGAAGGGGAGGAGAAGCAGGUGUUGGUGAACAGAGCAGACCUCCCCCCGGGCUGCGAUAUCUCUGACGUCACACUGACAUGUGACAACGCCAAACUCACCUACUUCCCCCCUCUGUCUAUCCCUGAGCUCAGGUCUCUCAGUCUGGAGGGCAACAACAUCUCCAGCAUCCCAGCAGGAGCGUUCAACGGCAUCCCCAACCUGGAAUGGAUAAACCUGAAGAAAAACAAACUCACCUCUGACAGCGUUGAUGCCAAAGCCUUUAAAGGUCUGAAGAUGCUAAGGCGUCUGUACUUGGACGGUAACCUCCUAGAAGCUGUGCCUGCUGAACUCCCCUCCACCCUGCAGGAGCUGAAGAUCAAUGAGAACAAACUGAGAGGAAUCCAAGAAAACAGCUUUGAGGAUCUGAGCAGCCUGGUGAUUCUGGAGCUGGAGGGGAAUCUGCUGAGUGAGGGGAAUGUAAAUCCUCUAGCCUUCGCUCCUCUCAUCCAGCUCUCCUACUUCCGACUUGGCAGAAACCACUUCCGCACCGUACCACAAGGCCUCCCCAAAUCACUGCUGGAGCUUUACUUGGAGAACAACCUGAUCGAGGAAAUCUCAGAGACAGUUUUCAAUCAGACUCAAAAUCUGAACGUGGUUUCUCUGAGACACAACAGGCUGGAUGAGACCAAGAUCGCCCCGCUGGCCUGGUUCAGCCACAGAAAUCUGGAGUCCAUUGACCUUUCUCAUAAUGACUUCUACCUGGUUCCAUCAUACCUGCCCAAAUCUCUGGUACACUUGGUGCUGUUGGGAAAUAAGAUUGAGAGGAUACCUGGUUACGUGUUCGCCCACAUGGACCCGGGUUUAGAGUACCUCUACCUCUCGUACAACAGACUAGACGGGGAGGCGAUCGAGCCCGAGUCGUUCUUUGGCUCGUACCACUCCAUGGUGGAACUGUGUCUGGAUCACAACCAGCUGAUGUCUGUCCCGUCUGGCAUCAACGAAAUGACCAACUUACAUUUCCUCAGACUCAACAGCAACAACAUCAGGAGUAUCCCUGACGAAGGCAUCUGCGACCCAAACCACAGCGGAGACUCCACUAUGGUGGCCCUAAGACUGGAAAACAACUUCAUCGACCCCCAGAAGAUUUCCCCAACAGCCUUCUCCUGUGUACGCUCCUCUUCCAGUGUGGUCUUAAAACCCCAGAAAACCAAGUGACCACACAAAGGCAAAAAGACAAUUGUGUAAAACCCCAGAAACACAGGGGGAAAAUCAUUUGAAAAUAUUUUGUUAUUUUGUUUAUGUCCAAAAAAGAAGUCAAAUCAUAAAAUAGGAUAUAUUUCUCCUCCCUAGCUUCCUCUGACGCCAUAUUAUUAAAACAACACCCAUAAUCAUAAGAAAUCCCAUGAUGUACAGGUAGAACAUGGGAAAAUAUAUAAUUCAACUGUCAAAACACAACUACUGCUGAGGUAGUUUUCCUUAUGGGAAUGAACUUCCCUGUCAUAUGCUUGGACCAAACCCUUACAAGCUGAAAAAAACCCAACUGAUUUUACCUCUUCUUUGGCUCCAAUACACUAAUAUGUUUUAUGGUAAGUUGUUUUUCAUAUGGCUCACCUAAACCUGGUAUGGAAAUGCCAGAACACCUUAAAACUUUCUAAAUCAAACCCGUCUGUCUGCUUUAUUAAAAUGUCAAACUCUCUAAAAUGGAAAGACCUUAUGCCCCAUACACCGUAAAAUGAAAAUGCUAAUAAAGAGAAAUGGAAAGAAUUCAAUGAGGAGACCACAAACCAAACACAUUAUUUAUAACGACCUCACCACCUUCAUGUUCCAUUUCUCAGCUCUAUUUCUUCCAAUGGCUUCUGUCAUAAAAACUCUGACAUGGAAAAGAGGAGUGGGAUCACACGUGUGCCACAUCCUUUGAGCUCUUUGUGUAAAAGAUGAAGAGCAGCCUUCAAGGAUUCAUUUAAACUAAGUGCUGAUGGGGAGACAAUCCUUCCGACAGAUAAAAAAAGACAGAAGAUGUUAGUUCCUGUCUGCCAAUUUCCUCCAUCUUUCACACUCUUUAUGUGCACUUAAGUUGAUAGAAGCAGACGGCAACUAAUUCCUCUUUUGAUUAAUACUACAUCAUCAGACGCAUCGCGCAUGUACUAUCAGAAUCUGUUGUGCUUCAAUUACAUACCCGUCAUUUUUUAUUAACCAUGUGAUACGAGAGACAUUGGACAGUGGUCACUCUUAUAAGUACAGUAAUAUCUUGUAUUCCACCGUGUCUCAUUAUGAAAAGGAGACUAAGAAAUGCAGAUGUGGUGUUUAUUAAGCCCCCAGGAGGUGUGUCGGACAUUGAAACAAAUUUUCGUAGUGGCCACUGGCCAAACGGUGGUACUACAACUUCAGUGUCAGUCCGUGACGUCACUGGGCCCAAAAAUAAAUGUAACCAUUGAAUAACAUUGGGAAUGACACAUCAAUAAAAAAUGCAAAAUAUAUAUUAUUUAACUGAAUCAACUACCCAGCUUUUUAAAGCCCUAAAAGUUAUAAAAUGCGCUAAAAAGAAGAAUCCAGACUUAUUUUUCUCUCUCCAUUCUUUUGUCUGGGCCAAGAUCAGUGGUGCUGGUGUGGAUGGGAGGCGGGCAUAAGGAAAACACAAGUGCGCAUGCUUUAUAGGCCCAGACACGGAUCAUUUUCUCUCGAUUCAGGCCAUUUUGGCUUCUACUACACAAUUUUCAUAUGAAUGCAAUCCCGACUUAAAUGCUGUAUCCAUACUACUACAUCCAUGCUGUUUAUGCCGUCUCAGCAGGUUUUCUCUUAACUUCAAUGGAGAUAGGUCUGGCUAUGCGGUCUGAGGAAACAACCCUCUAAUGAAUGUCUUUUAGAUGUAGGAACUGGUGGCUCCAGAAGAUAUUUUUUUCCAACUGUAAAUUACAAUUCUAAAGUUUUCUUUGAAUGACGUCCUCAGUGUUCUAUGUUUAUGCUUCACCCAUCAACCUGUGUAUCUGCAGUAUACUGUAUUAAUUACACAACAUCAACACUGAUCAUGAAUAAAAAGGCUUCUGCAGGUUCGAA